GCCGGGAGGGGGCCUGCGGAGUGACUGAGCCCCGCGCUGCGCGGUCGGACGCUGACUGGGGUGGUAGCCGGUGUCGCUGGGCUUGCAGCGCCGAGCAAAAACCGGAGCCUACAGUGCGUCUUCUGGGACUUGUGUUCUGAGGAACCACUCUGGAAAACGCGGCUCUGGUCUAAGCCCAUUGUCUGACAGGGAGCUCCAGGACCAGCAGGAUGGGGUCAGCCUGUAUCAAAGUCACCAAGUACUUUCUCUUUCUCUUCAACUUGCUGUUCUUUAUCCUGGGUGCAGUGAUCCUGGGUUUCGGAGUAUGGAUCCUGGUUGACAAGAGCAGUUUCAUCUCUGUCCUACAGACUUCCUCCAACUCACUCAGGGUGGGGUCCUACGUCUUCAUGAGCGUGGGGGCCUUCACCAUGCUCAUGAGCUUCCUGGGCUGCAUUGGUGCCGUCAACGAGGUCCGCUGCCUGCUGGGGGUGUACUUUGCCUUCCUCCUCCUGAUCCUCAUUGUCCAGGUGGUUGCUGGCACCGUCUUCUACUUCAAAACGGGCGAGGUGAAGCAGGAGAUGGGCAACAUCGUGAUGGAGCUCAUCCGGAACUACAACAGCAGCCACAACAACAGCGCGCAGAAUACGUGGGACUACGUACAGGCACAGGUGCACUGCUGCGGCUGGGUCAGCUUCCAAAACUGGACGGAGAAUGCUGAGCUCAUGAGUAGCACCAACAUCACCUACCCCUGUUCCUGCAAGGACAAGAAGCAAGUGAAUGACGGACCUGUGAUGGGCUUCUGCCAACUGCCCAGCAACAGCACCGUGAUCGGCAACGACCCUGAGUACUGGCCGGUGUACGAGGAGGGCUGCAUGGAGAAGGUGCAGGCAUGGCUGCAGGAGAACAUGGGCGUCAUCCUGGGCGUGUGUGUGGGCGUCGCUGUCAUUGAGCUCCUGGGCAUACUCCUGUCAAUCUGCUUGUGCCGGCACAUCCAUUCUGAAGACUACAGCAAGGUCCCCAAGUACUGAGGCAGCUGCUGUCUCCACCUCCCUGCCCAUCCCUCCACCUCAGGGCUCCUAGGAGCCUCCCUGGCUCCCCUCCAGGCCCACCUCCCACCUCACUGCCAAGCCCCUUGCCCUUCCUGUGCUGGCUGGAAGUGGGGGGCUUUCUGGGUCCUGGAUGCCUCUCCCUGCCGUUCUCCCACCAGCUGGACCCUGGCCCUCUGUGGCCUCUCCACCACUGCUCCCAGGGUUCUCUUAGCCAUGUCCCUGCCCGUAAGCGUGGGCCAGCUUUCCCCACCCUCGAGGCCUUGUAUACUGUGUAAGGGAAAGCAUAUUAAACAAUUGGGGGGAGGGGUUACAUACGGCAGGCACCCUGGGAUAUCAGGGAACUGCCCCCUGUGGGGGGAGGGGCUUUUUAUCCUCUAUGACGCUAUGUCUUUGGUUUUCACAUUUUUAUUGAGGGUAGUGGGAGAGGAUGGGUGUACUUGACAUUAAGAGGCAGCACCUCUUCCUCUGGCCUGCCCUGUCCCAGCCCCCCAUCCAAGCAGCUCAGAUCAGCUGGGGCCAGGCAGGACCCAGGUGGGCUGGGCCGAAAGGGAUCUGUGGACUUGCCCUGGACUGCUUAGGGGGCCAGAGGGUUAAGCCCUCAGGGCCCAGCCCAGAGCUGCCCCUGCAUCCCCUGAGAUCCUGAGCCAUCCAGGGGGUGGGGGUGGGGGUAGGGCAGAGGUUCUCUCCUGGGAGAAGCUGGCCUGGCCUUUCUUGUCAGGCAAUUCUCUGUCCCCCCGGAGUGGAGUGGGUGAGGCUGUGCCUUGUCGGGAAGUAGGGCGGCGCUCUGCGUACACAGUUCUGUAAAACAUAUUUUGUAAAGACUAUUAAAGAGGAUUUGUAACAA